AUGGCGGACAGCCAUCAAGAAAAUGAAGAUAAUACAGGCAUUCCAGAUACAAACGAAGGGGAUUCCAACGACGUCGAAGACGCAGAUGAAGUAAUUUAAAAUUACAAUAGUGUUCUUUUCUGUUCGUUUAUUAGCAUUGCGAUUUCAUGUCACAAAAUGAAAAAUAUUAUGCCCGCAGGAUUUCGAGGUUGUCUAUCUUCAGUAGUUUAUUGACUAGGUUGUAUCUGAACGACACAAGAGUUUAUUGAUUCUUUCUCUUAGGAUCUACAGGUUGACCUAGAUCUAGGUGAACUGGACCUCACGUCUCAAGAUGAAUUUAUUUUAGACGAAGUUGAUGGUAUGGAAGGAAAAGUGGAGCAUAUCUUUAUAAAAGUUCAUGAUUGUCAGAAUGUUUAUAAAAUUAAACUCAGAAUGGUUUAAAACUAGUUUUCGAUUUUUUUUUAUCCGCUGCAGAAAAAUAUUUCUAACUUUAACCAAGAAAAAUAAAAAUGGAUUUAGUUAGAAAACGGCAGAAAUUGAUUCUAGGAAUUGACAUUCGUCAGAGGAACAAACAAGGCCGUGUCAUAUUAUGUAAAAGUUUUGCUCAUUUCUUUUUUUCAUUUUAACAGUGCACAUACAAGAAAAUUUAGAGGACGAGUUGGUAAAGGAAGCUUUGGAAAAAGUAAGCAGAAUGGUAUUUUUAUUUUUUGGAAAAAGAGGCUGGGAAAUGUAAAAGAGGUGCUUCUGAAAAAUGCAUUUGUUCAGUUACCCUUUUUUUCUAAGAUGCAACACAUCCUUAGCCGCUCUUUUAAUAGUUUACUAAUUGCCAUUAUGUAAUAGUAUCCUGUGCCUUAUUGAUCAUUAUUUUAAAAUUCAGGGAGUAGACCUCCGGCAGUAUUCAAGACAGAUUGAGGGAGACCUACAUGAGGUUGAAAAUGCAUCAAUUCUGGACUGUAUCCUACGCUUUUAGAAGUCUUAUUCACUUAUUGAUUACAACUGGAUUCAUACAGUGCAUAAUUUAGUAACUCUAUUUUAUUUUACUGCCUGAGCAUUUUCAUAUACUGAUUGAUUUCCUUUGAAAUCCAUUUUAUUUAAAAUUUUUUUACUUGACUGCAAUCAAAGAUAUCAAAGAAAGUGAGAAUAUUGCAAGCCUUCACAACCAGAUUGCCUCCUGUGACACGAUUCUUGCAGUGAGUUGAUAUUUUCAGUAUGAUAUUUAUCAGGUUUCCCAUCAAAUACAGUUUCAGUUAAUACCUGGUACAUUUUCAACAAGUUUUGAAGAAAAAUGCACAAAGUAAAAACUUUUUGCCAUCUAUGGACAGUUCUAAUUUUUUGUACCUUUCUUCUUACCCUUUCUUUCUUGGUUUGGUCUUGAUGAUUUCAAGGUACCCUAGUCUACAGUACAUUGUUUAUUUCAAUGACAAAAUCAUUAGUAUCAAAAGUAUUUUCUCUACAUCCUUUAAUAUACUGCAACUCUUUUCAACAUUCAUUCAAACAGAAGACAACACAAACAAUGCCAAGCCUCAGUUUAUAGAUUCAAUUCUUUUGCUUUAACCCUUUAACUCCCAGAUCAAAUUUGUUAUUCUCCUUACUGUCAACCAUACAAUUCUUACAAUGUUAAUUCAGAGAAUUUAGUACCGGAUCAACUAAUUAUCCCCAGGUUGAUAUUUUUCUUUAUUCUCAUCACUUAUCUGGUUGAUAUUGUAUUGAUAUUGUAAGGAGAAAUUCUGUCUUGGUCACUCAAGGGAGUUAAAGGGUUAAAGAAAAGAUGUAUCAACUUAAGUUAGUUCUUUUCUUGUUUUGCAGAGUAUGGAAAAGAUGCUCACAAGUUUCCAGGUAUGAACAUAUGAGGCUGAUUAUUUACAUGAGGUCUAACCCAAACCAUGGUUUUUAGGCAACCAAUGAUCCUCAGGCUUUCUCUUUAAGAGGGUUGAUUUCAUAGAAUAAAUGGCUUUCCACUGUAAGCUUAAAUAAAUGUUGAAAGGUCCAGCUAAAUUGAGGAUUUUUUAGGACACAGUUUUAUUAAACAGCAGCUUAACUAUCUUUAAAUGAUUGGCCCAUAAUAACAACUUGUUUUUGAGUUAAAUUUUCUGAACAAAUAUCAAACUGUAUCUGUAGUUCCUCUUUGUAUGUUCAAAAUGAGAACUAGAUAAAAAUGAAGAUCAAGCUCGUUCGAACGCUUCAAAAUCAUCAACAUAUUUGGUUGUGCUUUUUGCUGUAAAUUUAUCAUAUCACAGGCCUAUUCCUGUUUUAAUUGUAGUGUGUUCUUUUUUGGAAUUAAUUGUGAUUUAGCAAUGGUUAAGUAGGCAGUCAUGCACAGCAAUCUACAAGUUAAAAAUGGGGAUACACAACAUUAAAAUAUAUCCUUGCUUGUUUCCAUCCAUUUGCCAGGAAGAUCUUGGUAGCAUAAGCUCAGAAAUCCAAACUCUCCAAGAACAGUCUUUAUCAAUGAACAUAAAGCUAAAGAAUAGACAGGUGAGUAGUCAUUACAUGUUGAGAAACUACUUUUCACCAAGCUAUAAACGUAAGCAGAACUCUGAGCAUGUACCAUAAGCAUUUUAGUUCAUUUGCAUUCAAAGUCUAUCUUAUUACAUGUAUGUAUGUUUGUUCAAUCCUGGAGGUCAUUUCAAACUUGACACUAACCUUGAGCCUUGACUUGAUUUCAUAUUAUUAAUUAUUUAAAUUUUUAAGUCUUAAACUUGUUCUCACAUUCAAUUCUUUUUUAAUUUCCUCUAUCUCUUCAUGUUGCAUUCUGUUUUGUGCUGUUUUGUUCCUUAAAUUACUUCCUGUUCUUCCAUCCUCCUCUCUUCAAUUUUCUUUACCCUAAUGUUCUCCUUUCAAUCUUAGUCCUCAAAAUCUUUCCACCCUGUUUUUUUUUUCUUUCCAUCUUGAGAUAUGACUUCUCUGUACUUUGAUUGACUCCAGUUUUAUCCUUUAUUUCUCUCCUCAGGCUAUCAAGGGUGAAUUGAGUCAGUUUGUUGGUGACAUAGUGGUACCACCCUCCAUGAUUACGUAAGUAAACCACAUUUUCCCACAAUUUACGCAGUUGCUGUUACUCUGCCUUCUCAUUGGCUACUUGUGGUUGGCUAUUGUGAUAGUUACAGCAAUCGCUCUGACGAAUGGCUAACGCUCGAAACGUCAGCCUUUAAACUCUCUGCGGUGGUCAAUGUACGUUUUCAACUCAGUUGUUAACACUAGAUUACCUGUUAUACUCUCCCACCGACGCAGCACCACUUUCUUUAGAAACGUAGCCCCUUUAUUGUGAUAGAUAACUUUGGUUUUACGACGCUCAAUCGAAAAGCACUCUAUUCAUGGAAUGACUGUCUGACGGAUAAUCUCGAUCUUUCUUUAUAACUAGAGGAUACUUUUGGUCUUCGUUAUUUCUUUUUCUAAAAAAUUCAUAAUUGAGAAUGUGGACACCAGUCAGACUCCUGAUUAAUAUCCUGCAGUGUCCUUUUUCAGUUUUCUAGGCUGACAUCAACCAGACAAACUUUCAUGAACAUCCCCGGUCAAAAGAGAAAAAGAUGGUCAUGAGUCAAAUCACGCCUAAUCCUGGAUAUCUCAAACUUCCUUUUCUCUUAAACUUGGUUCGAACCUGUUUUAAAGUUUCGUUCGAAACGUCAUGUCUGUUAUAGGAAGGGGUAAUUAUUGAAUAACACUUUAAAAUAUGUACAAGAAAAAACGAAACUUUGUACGUAUCCUCAGUUGCUAAAUUAUUUGGCUUAUACAAAAAUGGGUGACGGAACCUGCAGUGCUCAAAAUUCUCCUUUGAUAUUUCGUAAGGUUAUGCUGUUUUUUUGUUUUACCGGUUUAUGUAAUACUGCACGUAAUUUCAUGGUAGGGUGAUUUCAUUUAUAAUCGAAAUUAGUCGAAAAGCCGUUGUAAAAUGCGACUUUCUCAUCCCUUUUUUAAACUUUGAAAAUCCAAAUUCGUGGAGGUUUGCAUCUUUUAAGCGAAAAAGCAACAAGUUCGUCAUCGUCAAAGAGUGCAAUAAUGGGCUGUUUGUUGAUAAACUGAAAGAUGAUGCCGCGAAAAACAGUAAAAUUAAAAUUAGCAUGUUGAGCAUGCUGUUUUUGUAUUGACGUAGGACAAGAUACGUGUCAAAAUUUCGUUUUAAAAUGAAUAUGCGUGGUCCUAAUUAUUUAGUCAAGUUUUUGAUAGUAUGUAUAGAGCACGUCGGUCUAGUAAGUUGAUACUAAAACACCAACCACCGUCACUCGAUUCAGCUUCGUUUUUGUAAGACAAUGUUGAAUGCCUCUGAUCCAAAUUACGAUUUUUAUCUGACGAUAAUCGUGGACAAAGCAUACUGGUCGAGUUUGGCUGCAGCAGGAUUCAUUUUAGCGAGUAUCAUCAUUAUAGCAAAUUCAGCCCUGCUCUUCACGACAUAUAAAGAUCCUCAAAAGUCGCUCCGAAAAUUACCUGCGGUUUUACUGAUCACAAAUUUGAGCCUGUCUGAUCUUCUGUUGGGGUCUUUGAAUGUUUUCCUGGUUGCUUUGAGAGAUGUGUUUCGAUCUAGACUCGAACACAUACCUCACAUUGUGGUUUUUAAGUCGAUCGUGUACACAGUGCUCUCUACGACUCUAUUUGUAAGCAGUUAUUCCAUUAUCGCCAUGUCAAUAGCUUGUUACGUGGCGAUCAACUAUCCCGUGGAUUAUAAAUCAAUUAUUACAAAGGGAAGACUCAAGGUGUUUAUCGCUGUACUAUGGUUUGCAUCCAUCGCAAUGUGUUCACUUCCUCUAACUCGCUUAUCAGAGGAAACGUACACACUUAUAUACCUUCAUACUCACAUUUCUCUGCCUGCCGUAUUUUUAACGUUCAUCUACGCCAACGUUUUCCUCUCUCUCGUUUCUCAAACGCGUGAACUUCAAACUGGUAGGUACGAUUCUGUCGCGAGGUACUCCUUAGAACGUGAGAGACGAAUGGCCAUUACAAUUGCAAUCAUUCUAGCGUUAUUUUACAUCACAUAUAUUCCACAAUACGUCACUCUUCAUUUGUUGUACUUUUGCAAUCGCUGCCAGCAAUCGGUAACUUUUCACAAGAUCGACGUAGCGUCUUCCAGAUUUCUGUACAUAAAUUCGGCCAUAAAUCCCUUCAUCUACGCUUGGAGAGUCUCCCAGUAUCGCCGAGCGUUUUUACAAGUUUGGCAGAGUUUUUUCGGAACCUUAGGAGCUACUUCACAAUCUUCAUCGUCGCUCAACUCAACGCAGAGACGUACUACUUUUAGUGCACACAGUCCAGGGAAAGGAAGACCUUUGUAUAGCGAGGCAAAGGCUGAUUAUGAAAGAUGUGGAACAACCAGCGUUUGAAAUGCGAAAAGGGCAACAUUCGGUAAUCACUUAUUGAUGACAGAUUUUAGGAUGGAGUUGAUUUACAGUAAAAAGUUCCCGUUUUUUCCAGCACUGUUUUAGUUCAAUGAUUGCCUAAGCGAGAAGGAUAUCGAACCCUGCUAGCUCGACGCACCGAGAAGCUCGAGUUAGCAGACUGAAAGUGAAAAAAAGUGUUCCUCAAAGGAAAUGGCUUCAAAUUCGAGCUGGCGAAAGGUUCGAAUUAACUGCUUUCAAGCCGUCUACCCUUCAAAGUUCGCUUUAACUUAUCAAUUGUUAAUGUCAAUUAUUAAUGAAAAAUUGCCAACAAAUUAAAAUGAUAAACAAACCAAUUCAUUAGUGUGAGCACUUGUGCUUUUUCUCACCUGAGUUAAUUACGUAUGUAAGUGCAAAUGCAAACAGCUUCCAGGCUGUUACGUGCGCAGGUAUCGGCUCAAUUCCUUUUGAAAUCUCGGUAGAAUCUCACGAUUGAUGUUCACGCUUUUUGUUUUUCACUCUCUUUUUUCCGUAGAUGGAAUUCUCUUUUGUAAUUGUAAUGAAGUUGUAGUUUGGUGUGUCUGAAUAAAUUUGCCGUGUCGUGGUCUGUUCUUAACCAGUCUCGCUUUUUCAAUUUCAAGACUCGAAAACUUGAUUCGCAGCCGUUUUGAUUGAGCUAAGUUUUUUAAUCAGUUUGAAAUCAUUCUUAUUUUUUCCCUUGGAAAUAGUAUCUGUAGAAUUAAACAUCCUUGAAGUGCAGAACAAAUAUCUUAACUUACCGCCUCACCCGUACGAUACAAUUAUCUCUUGAGAGAUUCAUUCUGAGCUAGGACGUGCAUUAUGAUUCUCGCACACAGUAAAGGGUCUUCCAAGUUUUCCCUUCAGCUUCUCGACUUCCCCUUUGAACUCAUUGGAAGUCUUGAUUACUUAACUUCAGAUUUUACGACACGCAGUCGAAAAACGCGUGGGAGAGUUUUUCUGGUAGUGGUAAAAUAAAUUUUUAUAUUACAGACACAUUAAUGAGACACCAGUGACAGAGCAGGCAUUCAUUGAACAACUGCACGAGUUACACCACAAGAUCGACUUUGCAAAGGAGCAAUCUUUUAAAGGGGCUCUCUCGGUCAAUGAUGUGGGACAUAUACUGGAGAUGCUGAAAGGCAAGGUAAUGUACUAGACGUGAAGUUCAUUGUUUGUGGAUUCAUAGUACUGCCCGGUCAGACAGUCGCACUCAAACGGCGUAAACCCAUUUCAUUUCUCAUCGACCGUUGAACGUCGAAGGCUCAAGAUCACCGAUUCUCAGGUCUGACUAUUUAAGCAAAGUUUGGCUGUUGUUUAACAGAUCCGCGUCCUAUACAAUUCUUAAUUUAGCUAAACCUUUUAUCUGAACCUUUAAAUUUGUGAACAACGAAUAAAUCAACUCUCGUGUAGAGAAAGCCUGAGCUAGGCCCACCGAUUACGUAAAACCGUGGUGUAGGUUAGACCUUGAGUGAAUAACGGGGCCUCAGGGUUUGGUUAUUCUCUGAAACUCUUUUUUGCGAGUUCGCGACCCAUUCCUUGGGACUUCCAUCCGUCGUUUUAGGCCCAAAUGUAUGAUUUUCCAAACGGAUUCAUGAUUCCCUUCAAUACUUACUUUCAAAAGAUCCUAAUUAAGACUAAUAACAGGUUAAUUAGUGUAAGUAUCUGAUAAAUGAUCUCUUUUGAGAACAAUACCUAGAGUGUAAUGACAUGCAAAUAUCCUCCUUUGUUUUAUAACCAAUUUCUCAAGCGUUAUUGUAAAACCGUACCAUGAAUUUACUGUUCUAUUCAUUUCCAGGCAGUGCACAAGAUACGAGACUAUGUUUUGCAGAGGAUAUAUCAAUUUCGUCGCCCGAUGACUAAUUAUCAGAUUCCACAAAAUGCCUUACUCAAAUUUAGGUAUUUCAUUUUUUUCAGUGUAAUAUUAUGUCGGUACUGUUUUGAACUGAGCGUCAAAUCUACGUAUUUGUUUUACUUUUCAUCGCUCAGUUACUAAUGUAAAAACCUCGCUCCAUUUUCUCGCCAAUUAAUGUCACGGGAAAGCAAAACUCGUGGAAAUGGUGGAAGGAAGAGACAGCCCAACUUUUAGUUAUAAGCUUAGAAUUAACAUCAAAUAGAGAAAAUUUAAAGAAAAGCUCACCUUGUCUAAAUGGUGAUUUGGUUUUAAUCAAUUGAGUUGAUAAUGUAAAUUGGCUACCGUAAAGAGUUUCUAAAGCUUACAAUUCCAGUAUGUACGCUUCGUCUUUCGCUCUGACGAAGGGCUAACGCUCGAAACGUCAGCUUCAGAAACUCUUUACAGUGGCCAAUUUACGUUAAAACAAACUAUCUUGAAAUACUCUCCACCAACACUGAACUAAAAUUAAUUCAGAAAGUUACCCCAUUCCCUCCGAAUAGUGCUUGAGUGACAGAUGCCGACUGAAGCUUGUUCAUUUUCUUAUCGUUGCCAGGUAUUUUAAUGAAUUUCUUAUGGCGCAUCAUCGUCAAGUUGCGAGGGAAAUAAGGGAUGAGUACAUCGACACCAUGAGCAAGAUUUAUUUCUCAUAUUUUAAAACGUACAUUUCCAAACUUCUCAAGCUGCAGGUGAGCAAAUAUCACCUUUUCUUGGUUGAUUUCCUCCCCAUUUUUUUUUUUUGUAAGCACGCGAAAAUUUUUGCCAUUAGUGAAGCAGCUUGGAUCACACAUCACAACUUUCCGUGCUCAAGGGGUCAAGUUGUUCUGUAACAAAGGACUCGCCAAGUUCUGAAUCCUUCUCGCUAAUAUUAUCUUAUGUCACUCUGGAUUAAAAAAAUAUCUCUCGUUUUUCUUUAUGACUGCAACAAUUUCAAGUUGACGCGUAACCUUUAAGCCAACAUAGUGUCCAAUUUUUUUCAUUUGUGCAUUUAUCAUUGUAAUUUUUUUUCUCAGUUUGAAGAACAGGCGGAUAGAGACGACCUUAUGGGAAUAGAGGAUAACGCUAAGAGAGAUAUCCUUUUCCAAAUGAAUAUGUAAUUUUUUUUAGUUGUAUUGGUGUAAUUUGUGAUGGCAUUGUGAAUAUGGCUUAACCUUUCAACGGGGAUCUUAUUCAAUUUUAUGAGUGUAGCAUUAUCAGCUGAACCGGAUUUUUCCUUAAUUCUUUUUAAGUAUUUUCUCUGGAAGAGUUGCUUUAAAGAAUCGUUCCACAAUUUUUACUCUAGGAAGUCGUGGCAGUGUUUUAACAUCAGAGUUAGAAGAACCCGUGAUCGUGCCUCAUGCGGCGCAAAAGAGCGAAAAGAAGGUGAGAGAGUCAAUGACCACACUGAAACAGAAUGUCUACUGUUAAAAAGCUUUCAUUUACUUCAACAUUUGCUUAAAAUUUGCUAUUCGUUGACCAUCGCAUAAUAAAAAAAAACUAUUGGAAUUUUUUUGCAGCAGUAACUUGUUAUCUCGAAUUCUGAUUUAGCCGAGGCGGGUUGAUUUCCACUACACUAAUAUAUUUUGCACUGGGUUGUGUGGUUAUUGACGCGUCUUGUUGUCUCACACUUACCGUCAAUUUAUUUCGGGGGAAAUGUAGCGUAAUUGGUUGAACUUUACCCAUGAUGAUGGAGAGUAUUUUGAACUGUUUGUUAAUCUCUUCUUUUUACAGUACUCCUUUGAAAGUCUGUUUCGCAGCAUGCACUUUGCUUUACUGGACAACAGCUGCCGUGAAUACCUAUUCCUAGCUGACUUUUUCAUGGUACAGAAAAACUCAGCAAGAGAUCUGUUUACCGCUGUGUUCGGCAAAACAUUAUCCUUAUUUCUGGUAAGUUAUGUCAUAGAGGUUUGUUUCAAAGAGAUCUUUUGAGAGACAUAAAAUGAAACCGGCGAAGGUGCUUUCAGUUUUCCCAUUGUUGUCAAGUCGUUACAGUGACUGUUAACAAAGGUGUUGUGUCUCUGAAGAGACCGAAACGUUUUAAUUUUUUUAUUUUUAUCAUUAUUUUACCACUGUUUUUUCCCUGCUAAAAUAUUUUUCAGAGAGUGGGCUGAAGUACUUACUAAUUUGGUUUGCCUUUGUUUUCCAAAUCAGAAACAAAUGGACACAUAUUUGGAGAGCUGUUUUGACGCUAUUGGAAUCUUCCUGUGUAUACACAUUGUACACCGAUACAGAAUACUGAUGCACAAGAGAAGCGUCCCGGCUCUGGACAAGUAAGUGAUUAUCAACCAGGAAAGAGUACCUGGAUUAACCGCUUAAGUCCCAAGAUUUGAUUGUUAAUUCUCCCCUCUAACUGCAACACAUCUCCUUGUAAAUCCGCAGUUACGAGAAUUUGGUGUUGGAUCAAGAUAAGAACUUCCACCCGAUUAGUUUGAAUAUUCUCAUUACCUGUGUACAGGAUAAUGUUUGGAUAUUGUAGGGAGAAGUUACAUGUUAAUCACUUUUGGGGGUUAAAGGGUUAUUAGUGAAAGCGGUUAACAUAAAGUUUGCUUUGUCAUCAGCCAAACUGUUCAAUCACGUAAUAGUUGUUCAUAAGAAGUCUACCUUGUGAUCAUCUGUAAUAUUAUGUGGCUAUUCUCACCAGGUAUUGGGACACAGUGCUGGAAAUGUCAUGGCCACGUUUCACGUACGUAGUAGAGUUAAAUGUUGACAGUGUCCGUAACACAGAUCCUCAAAGACUUGGAGUGAUCGACAUCAGACCACAUUACGUAAGCAUGGCUUCUAACUAUUCUUUGCAUUUUUACCGGCUUCGUAGAACACCGUGUAACAAAAAAAGUUUAUAUACUCUCGCGUUACGUAUGAUAAUGUUCAUCUCUUUCACACGUGACUUGAGCCAAACGCGUGACGUGCACAGAUUUUUAUAUGAAAGUCUUGAAGUGUAGUAUUAAAUUGCUUGUAGAAAGUAAUCUUGAUUUCUUCAGGGUAAUUUAGUGUAAUCAAAUGAGUUGAUAACGUAAAUUGGCCACCGUAAAGACUUUAAAGACUGGCGUUUCAAGCGUUGGCCCUUCGUCAGAGCGAUCGUAUCGUUAAUCAGUGUAAUCAGUUGAUUACACUAAAUUACCCUGUUACACUCUCCCACCAACACAUCACCACAGUCUCUUUAGAAACUUAGCCCCUUUAUUUAUUUAUCUUGAUUUAUUCAGUCUUCUUCAAAUGUGUUUUUUUUAGAUAACCCGUCGAUAUGCAGAGUUUUCUGCCGCGAUUGUCAGCUUGAAUGAAAGUUUUCCAGAUGAGAAGGUUAGAAUAAUUAAAUUUAAUUCACUUACUGUGACCUCUUUCUUAAUUUUAUUUUGUACUUUAGGUGAAAAAUUUCCUGUGGUAAUCUCCUCUAUUACCAAUUUUUUUUCAAGGUAAACAAAGUCCUUGCAGCUUUACAAGUCGAGGUCGAGAACUUCAUUUUGCGUAUGGCCGCCGAGUUUCCUCUAAGGAAAGAACAGCUUAUUUUCCUAAUCAACAACUACGAUAUGAUGCUGGCUGUUUUACUGGUAUGUUGACACAAAAACACCCGAUUUAAACUACUAUGAAUAGUAAAUGCCCGACGGUAAAAGCGAAAGUGGUUUAUGGCCGGCUAAUAGGAUCUAGAAAAUGUGAGGGUUGAAUUCUUUUCGGGGUCAUUUUUUCUUGGUUGGCUGUGUGAAUUUUGUUGUGCUUGUUUGUUUGUUUGUUUUGGAGUACAAUAAAUGCACACUCUGUUGUGCCAACAUUUUAUCUGUUCUCUUUUUCAGGAGAGAACAUCUGAAGACUCCAAAGAGGUGGAAAGUUUUCAGCAGUUACUCACGGCCAGAAUUCAGGAGUUUGUUGAAGAGGUAUGACCUGACUCUGUUCUUAUAGUGUAGAGAAAUUUGACUCAGUGAUUUUCAUUAAAUUAGUCUCGUGAUUUUAAUGACUGCUUUUUUGUCUUUAAUUUUGCCCUAGAAGUGCAAGCCUUUGAUUGAGAAUGAAAAUAAUUUUAAAUUACUUUUCUGUGUGUAGGCUCUCUCUCCCGCUUUUGGUGGAAUGGUUGCCUUCGUUAAAGAGACAGAGCCUCUUUUGGAACGAGGACAAGGACAAGUUAUCAGGCCAGAUGAAAGUAUGUCGGCUUUUCAGUAUUUGCUUCGCUGAUAUAUUCUUUAUUUAUGUACUCAUUUCUAUUUUGUGUACUGUACAAGCCGAAAAUCUCUUGGCUCUAAUGGUGACUUUUGUUGUGGUUUUCAAAACGUCAGCGGGCGUCACCACCGACAAUUGCUUCCAGGGCCACUCUUACACUGUGGGACACACCACACAACGAGUUGUAUAUCUUCGGCCUGUUACUGAUUUCUUGUUUCCAUUUAGAACGCAUUCAACAACUUGUGCGUGGUUUCGCAUCGGACUGGAAAAGGUCAAUUGAAAAUAUAAAUCAAGAGAUAAUGAGAUCGUUCUCCAACUUCAAGAAUGGUACAACAAUUCUGCAGGUAUCACGUUCACAAAGAGUAGCUACUCGCAAAGUGAAUUAAGUCUUCGGUAUUUAAAUAACCCCUUGGGCGAGGCCAAGCACAAACUAUUAGUUUGGUGAGAAACACAAGUUGCGAAGAAAAGUCCAAAUGGACAGAGAAAGAUAUCCCCAUGAGAUGGACUAGCUCUCGGCUUCACAGACCCCAAAUGUAAUGCUUUGUUCAGCUAGUGGCAUGUUAUGUAAUUAGCCUUUGAUGCAGACUCUAGCUCGUCCUCAUAACAAUUCUGUUUUAUAUUUCCUAGGCUGCUCUAACACAACUGAUCCAGUAUUAUCACAGAUUUCAGAAAAUUUUAUCUCAACAUCCUUUUAAACGGCUUCCGAUCCGGAGUGAACUGAUUAACAUUCAUCAUGUGAUGGUGGAGGUCAAAAAACACAAAACAACGUUUUGAAUAAUUAACAAGGCUUCUGAACGAAACAUCCAAGUUCCCUCUCUAGGUUUCUUGCCAGUGAAGGGAUAUCGGACUACAGUAGUCAUACUACGAUAAGCUACAAACAGUUUUACAAUCAGCCACGACAAAAGCAUCUAGAAAACCUGUUCUGGUACUUUAAACCACAUGAGGGUUUUUGUGUUCAAACGUCGAACUUUCAGCAACCCGAAACUUAUACCUUGAUUAAAAGCAUGAGAGGUUGUUUGUUUGAAUAAAUUAAGAGCGGCGUUUUAAAUUGCAACGUUUGAGCCGUAUUUCCUUUUAAGUUCCGCUGCGAAUUUCGAUUUUUGAAUGGGUCUGGUUCCAGAAUAUUUCAUGUUGAAAACCCUAUGCGUAAUCCAAAAGAACAGACAUUUGUAAGGUCAAACGUUCUCACUUUCAAGAAAGUCCAACACUUUAAAAAUUUUGUGUUCCCAUUCUUGGCUAAGUUUGAAAACUUCUCUCAGAAACGAUAUGCGUAAUGGUUAGAAAUUGGGUCCACAAUUUAAUGACAAAUUUAGAUUGAAUAAAGGGCAAUUAAGCAUGUUAAAGAUCGUUGAAGUGCAAUGUCUUAGAGAGGUCUGAUAUCAUGCCAAGUGAAAACCAUAGUAAG